CGUUCCAAGCCACUCUAGCCGGACGCCAUUACCACGCCACCGGAUCGAGAAUCUGUCAGUUGUGCGUGUUUAGUGAAAUAAUCAUUGGAUAUUUAGCAAAUUUAGUGGUGUUGUGCUCGUAGUUUUGAUAACCACAUCUAUUCCAAUAUGUCUGACGAAAAAAAGGGAGAAAGCGAACACAUCAACUUGAAAGUCUUAGGUCAGGAUAAUGCUAUUGUCCAAUUCAAAAUCAAAAAACACACGCCGCUAAGGAAAUUGAUGAAUGCUUAUUGCGACAGAGCGGGUCUGUCCAUGCAAGUGGUGCGGUUCAGGUUUGACGGGCAGCCCAUCAACGAGAAUGACACACCCACGUCGUUGGAGAUGGAGGAGGGCGACACAAUAGAAGUAUACCAGCAGCAAACAGGAGGCCUCCGAGUGUAAACUAUCUCUAUAAGGAACUGUCCAUGUCCAUCUGGAAAGCAGUGGUUUAGUCCAUCUCAAACUUUAAAUAUUAAGUUAAUUUUAAUACAAACAACUACACAUAAUUUUUAAAAUGGAAACAUGUACAUGAAUUUUUGUGACACACCCCUAUUUCUUGAUGCUCUGUGAAACAAAAAUUCCCUUUAGUAUAAGUUGAAAGUUUAAACCAAAUGUGGUAGGUGUCUUUCCGACUGUAUCAAUGAUUCCGAUGUGAUAAUUUUUGUAGUUUGACAUACUGUGUAAACUGUACGCCAGUAUUCUGAAUGCUGUGGCAUAGGCAUACCGUUUAGUUUCAUUAAUGAAUGUGGUGACUGUUAUAUUUAUUGGACGGGUCGUCCAUCCAACAUCAGGUCUGUAACAGCUAAUUAAUGUAUCGGAAAUAAAAGUAAUUGUAAGAAC